UUGGAAGUGAUAUUCGUGAUCACCGCGAAAUUCUCUAUCGAAUGGUGUAUGAAGUGUCGAAAAAUAAAUUUCACUGCAAGGCUGCCCUGGGUGCAUCUUACAUCUCAUUUAUAAUCAUCCAGUUAUUUUUUUUUUUAUCUCUUUUCUUUGUUUUUUAGUGUCAAAUAGUCAGUUAUCUAAAAGAUAGAUUACGCAACAUACUUCAAAAUCGUAUUCCAUUUACUAUCGACGUUUUUGUUAAGAAGGAUUGUUAUUAUUGUGAACGAGAAAAAGAACAUGAUGAAAUAUUUUCAUAUUGUAUUCAUUCGAAGAACAAUGAAUUAAUUGAAAGAUGGGCAUUCGAAUUUAAAACAUACAGACACGAAUUUUCCUUAUUCAAUUUUGACGAACUUUACAAGUCUUUUCAUAAACAGUUACAACAUCUCAUCCAGUUUUCACCAUUACAAAAAUGGCUUGAAAUAUUCAAAUGUAAAACAGCCGGAGAUGUAUCAUACAGACUUUUAACCGGUGGUGACGAAUAUUCUUCAACAUUUACUACAGAAGAAAAUUGUGAACAAGUUCAUUUAAUUUUUCCAAUGGUAUUUGAUUUGUCAGAUUUUGGUACUGGUGAUGGUGGUGGUAGUAGUAGUACUAGUAGUUCUCACGAAAAGCCACAACAGUCAACCGUUUCAUUACUAUUCCAAGGUCAACGUUCAUUAUCCGUUCCACGUUCAAAACUAGAUUCAUCAGAUAUUACAUGUAAUAACACUUUUCAAUUAUCGAUGAAUGAUGAUAUCGAUGAGAGACCAACAAACACUGGUUAUAGAAAACAACCAUUACAGUUGAAAAUAACUAAUAAACGACGUUCUAGUUCCAAUGAUUAUUUAACACGACCCGUUUCACGUCUAAAAAUUGAUCGUAAUAAUUUCAAAAGGCCCCAUCCUAAAACAAAACAGUUUUUUAUUGAUAAUUUAAAUGUUCCAAUUGAUUGUACAGGAAUUGAUGAUGAUAUUGAACAACAAUUCAAGCAAAUAAUACCCGGUCGUUCAGUACCAUUCAGACGAUCAACAACAGAUUGCAAUGAAUCAUCACUUUUUCCUCAAACAUCGACGCCACUUAACCGAAAGCACAGCGAAUUUCAAUCAUUACUGGAAUCAUCUGAUACAAAUUCAGCAAUAGUCAGCGGAGAAAGACCAGCAUCAUCUGUAAUGUCCAAUAAAGGAGGUCAUUCAAAUUAUUUUGACACAAGCAUUAAGACCAGUUUAUCAUCAAUACAUUCUUCAAGUCAUUUGAACAGUCCAUUACUUCAGUCAUCAGCGUCAUAUGUACAAAGCAAUCAAUCAUCACCAACAUCAGGUUAUUCAUCUUCAAGUUAUUUAUCGCCAUUUACCAGAUUAAACAGUGAUAAUCAAUCGUCUUAUUUUUCUUCAAAUAAUCAGUCAAGUCCAAAUCAUUUACGAACUUCAUCUGGCUAUUGCUCAGCACAAACUAGCGAAAAUUUAGCAUCAUUUUUCACUUCGACACGUGAAGACGACGAAGAGGAUCUUCAACAGCCAUUUUUACCUUGUCCUUUAUCGCCUCUUACACCGUUCAAAUCAAAAGCAGCAUCCUUAUCAUGUACAGUCAACAAGAAUAACAAUCAAAGUAUUUUUCAAACACCACCAAUUCCAGAUUUGAAGAUUCAGUCUCACAGCCUUGUCGAACAAUUAAACGAUCUUAGUAUUAAAAAACAAAACGAUAAUAACUAUACUUAUUCUCCGUUAUCAUCACUUUCAUCAUCACCAAGUUCAUAUACCACAUCACAAACACCAAUAGCGACAACACCAGCAUUAGAGAAUGAAAAUAAUUUAAUCAGCGGUGUUUGUUGUCCAAAAUGUCUCAAAUUUUCCAAUACAACAAAAUUUAUAGUUGGUGCCAGUGAUGAUGAAGAACAACAAUCACUGUACCAAAACCAAAAACGACCACGAUCAUUACCAAUUCCAAUCAAUGGUGCUACUAUUGGUGGUACUAAUCAUUCAAAUUAUCGACAUUUAUUUCAAGAUAAAGAUGACGAACAAGAAGAUGAAUCGAGUUUUUCUUGUUCUAACUUUGAUAAUACAGAUCACGAAGGAAUAUUAUCGUAUUUGUCGAGAACAUGUGCAUGUGGUUCAAAAAAGAAGAAAUUUCGUACGAAUGAUGAUGAUGAUGGUGAUGAUGAUGAUUUAGCAAAAAAUGAUAAAAAUAUGGAACAAAUACCAACUGCCAUUUCGGCCAAUGCAACAUUUAACUGCUUAUUACCACAGCAACAAAAUAAACUUCAUAUCGAUAUGCCGACGAAUAAUGAUGAUCAAGAGGAAAACCACGAUGAUGUGUCAGCAUUGAAAAUGAAAAAAAAACUUGAACAUUUUAUUAUGAGUCCUACAGAUAAAGUAAAAAUACCUAUGAAAUUUCCAGUUUCAAACAAAGAUAAAGGUGGCGACGAUAAUGAAAAAGAUAAUGAACUGAAAAACGAAAAUCAACCCGAAGAAAUUGAUUUUAAACGAUCAAAUCAACGAGCAAUACGAACAUUAUAUAAAAAUCGAGUUCGUUUUAAUAAUGGCAAUAUUUUACAACAACAACACCAACGACAAGGAUCACCAGUCGCAGGACAACAACAACCUUCAAAGACAUUAACAACAUUGAAAAACUCUUCAUCAGUAUCUAAAAGAGCUGUAAAUUCUCGUACUUUACGGAGUGUAUUAUCGUGCAGUGUAUUUGAAGCUGAUGAUGAACACGAAAUUUCACAAGCAAUUGGUAAUAGUUCACGAGAAAAAUUACUUGUUGAAACAUCAAACUUUCUUCGUGGAAAUUUUGUGGAAUCAGUGCUGAGUGGGAAAAUGUUGCCGUGUGGUACAGUCGAUGGAUUUACCAUUAAACUUGGAGCAAGUGGAUUGUUUCUUCCAAAACACGUCAUAUUACCAGUCUCAGCAUUUUGGUUUAAUGUUUCAGCUGACGCUGCAUGUUCACCGUAUCUGGGCUUUGUCAAUCUUCUUUCAUUACCAAAACGAGGUUAUCACACACCCACAAAAGGAACAGUACAACUGGCACUAUUCAAUCCAAAUCGAACAGUUGUUCAUAUUUUUUUGAUUUCAUAUGAUUUAACAGAUAUGCCUCCAGAUCAUCGGACCUUCAUUCGUCAACGUCAACUUUAUGUUGCAGAAAAUGGUGAUCAAACAAAAGGCAAUUUAAGAUAUUUAGCACAUUUACGUUUCGUCACAUCACAAACGGGUAAACUUUAUUUACAUGCUGACAUACGUUUAAUAUUUGCACGCAACAAAAUUGAUUAUGAUGAUCGUUUGGGAAAAUAUAAAUACAUAACAACGAACGACAUUCCUACACCUCGCUAUUGGCCUCGUAAAUGA